AUGGCACCUAACGGCUCUUGUUACUCUGUGAAUGUACAUUCCUCAGGACAAGAGCUAAUAAGAUUCACUGCUCAGAGGUAUGACAAGGUAAAGAAGAUUAAUAAACAGAUUAGUUGUAAAAUCAAGGUCCCAUUAGAAAAUCAGAUGCUCCUCUUGGGCUCCAAGGCCCUAGACCCUGAAAAAAAGUUGUCCCACUAAUGGUUCGACCCUAGUACAACUAUUCACCUCACCCUGAAAGUGGUGAAACCAAGUGAUGAAGGGCUGGAGGCAUUUCUGAUGGAGGUGGAUGAAGGAAAGAAGCACCCGCUUUAUAUUUAACGGUCCAGCUCAGUGGGCAUAACAACAUUGCUCCCUAAGGACCAGACCGUGUACUGCAAUGGCAAGAUACAAGAGGAUGGGAAGAUCAUGUCUGAUUACUUGAUCCUGAAUAUCAACAUUUUUGUCAUGUACAAGAAGUGCAUAGGGGACUAA